UCAUCAUCAACAAUCCCUCAUGUUUUCCUUUAACCCUAAAAUUAGAACCCAUCACCCACUCUCAACCCUUUAAACGCCGUGAAGCUCAUCCUCUCGCCCACUCUGUAUUCACCGUGAAGCUAACCCUAACAUUUGAACCCAUCACCCACUCUGUGUUCACCGUGAAGCUCAGCCUCUCGCGGCCGCAUCACUGUUUCCAUCACGUCACUCACUCUCGUGCAUGUCACCCAGUCUGAACCCUAGCUCUCAAACCCGUCACCCUCUCGAACCCGUCACCCACUCUGUCCUUGCCGUCAAGCUCAACCUCUCGUCUCCGCAUCACUUUUUCGCUCGCCUCACUCACUCUCGCGGCAUCACCGUUUCCCUCACUCUCAGUUUCGCCGUCUCACUGUUGUCUCUGGUCCAUUCUGAAUGUUCAUUUUCAAGGACUGCAGUAAAUUUCAGUGCAAGAAGUCAAUCAUCAAUAUCAAAUAUUGUGAUGGCAGUAACAGUGAUUCUGUGCUUGGAGUUGUUUACAAGACUCUUAUAUUAUACACCUAUGGCUAUACUUGCUUCUAUAAUCCUUUCUGCAUUUCCAAGAUUAAUUGACAUAAGAGAAGCUUGUUUGUCUAUGCUUGUUACCUUGCAAUUAUAUCUGGACUUGGUUGCACUCUCAUUUUGUUGUCGGUAUGCCGUCAUGCUCUGCCUGCUCUCCCGAUUUCGAUCGCGUUGGAGGCUAGGUUUUAGAUAUGUAUGUACUAGUGCUUUUGUUGACAAGGAAUUUGUGCAUGGAGUGAAGAGAUAG